AUGAUGACUAUGAGCUCGAGAGUGGACCUUGACCGUCUCACUGAACACCGUAAUUGCUACCCUCAGUACCCUUUCGAGUCUUCAUUACAUCUUUUACAACCAUCUUCCCUAGUCUGCAUCGCAUCGGACGAUGGGGCUUUAAUCCGACGAGUCGACUGGUCACCCGAACCCACUGUCCCGGAUGAUUUACAUAAAAGCGUCCCUCCUAAGCCAGCGCCAGCCAAGUCAGCCAAACCUGCUUCAGGAAUACCAGUAAGACCAGCACCAGCCUGGCCAGGAAAGCCAGCCCAGCCACCAGCCCAAGCCACUCCCAAGAUCAGCCCGGCUCCGGCUGGCAAGCCCGUCGUCUGGCCAGCCGUCAAAAUUCUCUACGUGACAACCGCGUUCGACACGUGUGGCAUAUUCGUGGACUGCGAUGAGCCGGGCGUGGACGUUGAGCGUCUGGGGGCCCGCGCCGUGACCAUCACCCAUGCAGCUCACGCAGCGCCGACCCCAGCACACACGCCUGCUCUUGUGCGCAGAGAUGUGCGCACGUGCACUGCUUCUGCAGCCAAGGUUACCAUCAAGCACCUCGACUAUCCGAGUGCGCCGGAUCUGUUACAGGGGCCAAUGGCGCAAAGGUCAGGCACAAUGUUUUUGAUUACAAGUCCCACGAGCUCUUGGAUUACAAAGUGA